CGCAACUUUUGGUAUUCAAAUAAAAAGUUUUUGCGACUCGACUUUUACAACUUCUUCAUUCAUUCUUUGACUUCACCAUACAAUCAGAGCCUCGCAGCCAUGGCAGACACUGCUGUUACUUCGACUUCUAUCGAGGCUCUUCCAAAGAUUGCAAAGGGUAAAGUUCGCGAUCUGUAUGAAGUGGACUCGAAAACUCUCCUCUUCGUCGCGACGGAUCGCAUCUCGGCAUACGAUGUGAUCAUGGACAAUGGCAUCCCAUCGAAAGGAACUCUUCUUACGCUCCUGUCCGCGCAUUGGUUCAAGUUACUUCCAACUCUGAUCCCCAACCUCCGCACACACUUUCUCUCCCUCACCCUCCCUUCCUCGAUUCCCGAAUCCCAACACUCCCUCCUCCAAAACCGCUCAAUGCAAGUCCGCCGUCUAAAGGUCUUCCCACUCGAAGCUAUCGUCCGAGGCUACAUCACUGGCUCGGCAUGGAAGGAGUACCAGCGCAGCGGAACCGUGCACACCAUCCCAAUUCCCGCUGGCCUCAAGGAAUGCGAGGCAUUCCCACAAGGACCUAUCUAUACCCCGAGUACGAAGGCAGAAGCUGGGCAGAACGACCAGAAUAUAUCCAAGGCAGAAGCAGCUGAGAUCGUCGGCCUGAAAUAUGCUGAGAGAAUUGAGGAAUUGGCUCUGAAACUAUAUACUACGGCUCGGGACUAUGCUGCUGAGAGAGGUAUCAUCAUUGCCGACACGAAGUUCGAGUUUGGUUUAGACGAAGACACGGAUGAGGUUGUGGUUAUUGAUGAGGUCUUGACGCCUGACUCGAGUCGCUUUUGGCCUGCGGAUGAGUAUGAGGUUGGUCAUGAUCAGAAGAGUUAUGAUAAGCAGUAUUUGCGGAAUUGGUUGACGAAGGAGGGAUUGAUGGGAAAGCAGAAUGUGGCUAUGCCGGAAGAUGUGGUGAAGGAGACUGCGGCGAAGUAUAGGGAGGCUUUUGAGAAGUUGACGGGUCAGAAGUGGCUAGAUGCUAUUCAAGGAUAGGAUAAGUAAGCAGCAAAUUUAAGCAAGAUUUUCAC